AUGCACCGCCUCUCGCUCGCGCGCAACACGGCAAAAGCCGCCGCAGCCCGCCUGCUCGGCAUCCACCAUGUCGACCUCGCAUCGCCAGCAUCGACGGCACCCCAAACCGAUGCCCUGCCACUUCAGACCGCGUCGUCCAGCCGUGGCACACCUGCUCCGAAGAUCCUCGAGGACGACGGCAGGCGACGUCCGCCAUCACAACUCCAUCCACCGCCCGAAGCGCUGCCAGAUCCAUUUGGCGAGGAGCCUGAAUCCAGCCCGCGGCACAGCCUCGUCGCAGAUGGCGAUGCGACGGAUCCUCCAGUGGUCGCACCCGUACCGCCUGCGCUUGUUGUCGCCGUUCCGCCUGUCCCCGACCUCGAUCUUCUCAAUUCUGUCAAGCUGCGGGCCCGCGCUGCUCAGCUGACCGACCGCAUCAACGAGCUGCGCACCAUCGCCGAUGAAAGCAGGGCGAAACGGGCCAGCCGCUCAGAAGCCCUCGCAGAACGGCGCGCACUUGUCACGCGGCGCCGUCGCAACCUCGACGAGGCGUGGGCCAAUCUCCGGGGUGGAGGCAGCAUCGACGGCCCGCACUCCGCUCACCCUCCGGCACAGGCGGCGACCGCGGUACCGCGAUCGGCGCGCGUCGGAGAUCGCUGGCGGCCACAGCCGAGCCCCGGUGCAUGGCCAGGCGACGACGCCAACGGCUUCAACAUCGACGCCUACGACGGCCAGGCGUGGUCCACCGACAUCUACCCGACGUGGGAGCGCCACGAGGCGCAGAUGGGCGCAGACCCACGGCAGAACGGCGACGGGACUGCUGCGACGGCGAUGGACUCUGCGCUUGGCGCUGCUCGACCCCUUUUCAGCGGCGUCCCGUCCGGCCUCGGUGCAGGCGCCCUGGUCGAGUGGCUGCGGAGCGACAUCCGGCGCCUCGAGGCGGAAAAGGCCGGCGCAUCCGAGGAGCUCCAGCGCACGCGGGCCAUCCUGGCCAAGGAGGCUUUUGCCAUCUUUGCCGUCCAACCACCGCCUGGCGCGGACGCCAAGCAGCAUCAGCAGCACCACCACCAGCAGGGCCAAUCGGCCGCCAACGUCGGGCUGUUUGCCAUGUCAUCGGCGGCGGCGGCAGGCAACAGGAGGCCCAGCCUGGCAGCGCGGACGACGAGCCUGACGGAGCGCUACAUGCCGGGCGCCUUUGCGUUUGGCCGCGACCCGGACCGCUUCUCGGCAACGGCGACGCCUUCGAGCCCGUCAGCCGGACACCGCACCUUGCUGGACACGGUCGGCGAGGGUCAGCUGUGGUCUUCGAGCGCAAAGGGCGGCAGCAGCGGCGGCGACGCUGCAUCGGCCGCGGCUGGCACCUCUCCUUCGCCCGGCUCCAACGACUGGACGAUCGCCGGCUUGGUGCUGCCGCUGCCGAGCGAUGUGCGGCGCUUCCCACGCGACUCGAUCAACGGCGCCAUCGCCCACACGGUCCACCUGCUGCAGCUGCUGACGGGCUACCUGGGCAUCUCGCUGCCGUUUGCCAUCGGUAUCCAGGGCGGCAAGGUCAGCAUCCGUCCCAAUCCGCUGUGGGACGGCGGCGGCGGGUCGAGCAAGCAGGCGCUCCAUCUCAGCAGCGCCGCCUACGCCGUUCUCAGCGCGCCUCCCGCCGGGACAGAGCACGGCGGCAGCAGCAGCAGCAGCAGCGGGGGCGGCGGCAUGGGCAGCCUGGCCGAGUCGACGCUCAACCUGGGCGCCUCGACGCUCUCGACGCUCGAGUCGUUCAUCCAGCUGCCUCCGCGCAGCCACCUGUCGUGGGGCCGUGCCUCGACGCUGACUGGCGGCGCCUCUGCCAAAGAGGCUGGCGGCCGGGACCGGGACAAGCCUGACGAGGCGUCGCCGCCCGCCAAGGACACCAGCGACGCCGGCAACAGCGGCGGCCGAUCGAACCACCGAUCGCAGCGCACCGAUCCGGGGACGCAGGCGGCCCGGGCUUUCUGCGCGGCGCUCGUGAUGCUGAGCUACGACAUCGCCUACCUGGCGGCGACGCAGGGGGUCAAGGUGGACCUGGUGUCUGCGGGCGGCAGCGGGCUGCGGCUGCUGCAUCAGAUGGUGUCGCACCCGGGCCUGGGGUCACGGUCGCACGCCAACCACGGGGGCAAGGCCGAGAUCGCGGACCUGUCGUUUGGCGGCGUCGACUACGACCAGCUGGUGCAGCUGCUGGAGCCGAUGAAGGCGAGCUCGAGCAAGUCGUACGCCAGCGCUGCGCCGGGCAAGGCUGCGCGGCAGGACGCCGGGCGGGAUGGCGUCAGGGCCUCGUCGAGCGGUGGCGGUGGUGGCGCCAGGGGCGGAGCCAGGGGCGGGCGCGGCGGGCUGGAGCAGAGCUACGUCGACGCGGGCGAGGCGGCGGCGUCGGUGCUCGACAUCACGGAUCCGUCGGCGCUGGCGAGCCGUAGCGCGGCGGCCAGGGAUGCGGGUGCGCGCGAGACGGUGCCGGCGUCGCGGAAGGCGGAGGCGAGCCGCCGUGGUGCGAGCGACGGCGGCACCGUUGAGCGAGCGACGAACAGCAGCGGAGGCGGUCCCGGUCGAACAGAAAAAGGGGGGUGCGACGGCGGCAGCUUCGCCGCCUCGGAGCGCGGACCGGAGCUUGCCGCGGCCAGCGGGGCGGGCGCGACCCAGGCCAAGACCAAGGCCGCGGCGUCUUCGGCGGGGGCGGUGAUUUUCAACGGCGUCGAGAUCAGCGCUGGGCCGUCGUCGUCGUCGUCGUCGUCGUCGAGCGGUGACGGUGGCAAGCGGGCCGAGGUAGCUGUACGACGGGUGGGUGCGUCGGGCCGACGACGAGGUGGGGGUGCCCUUUGUGUCGACGCCGACGGCCAAGGCGACGAGGAAGGGUGGGACCUGGUCUAG